AUGUAAAAAUACCCAAGUUUGAAUCCAAGUUAGGAGUUUGAUAGAAGUAUUACAAUCACAAAUUUGAAAUUGAGUCAUUUGGAAUAUAAAAAUGUGGAGGGAAAGAAUUUGUUUGAGAGAGUGAAAGGAUUUUAGAAUUUAGUGGGAUCUUUGAGAAAAUAGAAAAUAAUUCUUUAUGAGAGAAGAAAUAUGUCUCCACCUGCUCAAGAAUGUUAUGGAAUGGACGAUUAUGGAGAUAUUUUUUAUGGAAUCAACUUCGCAUCUGCUGAUUACUUGGGAUUGUGCACAAAUGAAUAAGCAAAAGAAGCAGCUGCCACUGCUGCUUAAGAGUACUCAGUAAAUUCUUGUGGAGCACCUUUAGCAUUUGGUGCAUCGAAAUAUUAUAUGUAGUUAAAAGAAGAGUUGAAAGAUUAUUGGGGAAUGAACGAAGUAAUUCUUUACAGUGCAGGAUGGUUAGCAGGAUUUGGAGUGAUUAAAGGUUUGAUAAGGCCUUAUGAUUUUGUGAUUAUGGAUGAAUUAUGCCAUAAUUGUCUUACUGAAGGAGCAUUUGCAGCCACAAAGAAUGUGUCUAGAGUCCCACAUUUGAGUUUGGAAGCUAUGGAGAAAAAACUAUCAGAAACCAGAACUGCAAAUCCUGAUGCCUGUAUACUAGUAGUAACAGAAGGUUUGUUUAGUAUGGAUAGUGAUUAUACUGAUUUGGUGGCUUUAUAAAAAUUGACUAUGAAAUAUGAGGCUUUUUUGUUAAUUGAUUGUGCACACGACUUUGGAUGUAUGGGAAAAUCAGGCAAGGGAGUGUUUGAAUAAUAAGGGCUAUAAGAUUUCUCUAAUGUAUUAUUAAUGUCAGGAGGAUCAAAAUGUUUAUCAACAAAUGUUGGUUGGGUUGCCUGCAAUUCAUUUGAAGUCAUUGAUUAUCUUAAAUUCUUCUCUUCAGCCUAUAUGUUCACUAACUCAGUGAAUCCAGUUUAAUGUGCUACGGCUCUGGCUCAAUUAAGAAUAUUAAAAAGCGAAGUUGGAAAUAGAUUGAGAGUUAAAGUCUUAGAGAAUUAUCAUUAUAUGAAAAAGGAACUCAAUGCCAGAGGUUAUCAGAUCAUUGGUUAUCCAUCUCCAAUUCUGCCAUUGUUGAUAGGAAAUGAAUUAGUAUGUCGAGUAGUAACAAGAUUAAUGAUUGAUGAAGGAAUACAUUGCAAUGGAAUUGAAUAUCCUAUUGUAAGAAUGGGAUAAGCCAGAUUGAGAGUCAACCUGUAACCCUAACAUACUAAAGAACAUUUGGACACAUUUAUUGAAACUUUCCAUUUCUGCUUCGUUAAAGCCACAAAAAUUGUCGAAGAAUCUUUGGAAAAAUAUCAAUUAGCCUUGGAACAAUAGGAGCAAGCAUAAGAAACAAAAGACAAUUAGAAUAAAGCUAAUUUCAAUGAUAACAGAAUGGAACUCAAAAAACCAAAUUUAUGAAUUAUUAAUUAUCAUUAUCUAAAUAAUAUAUGUUUACUAUCA